AUGAAUAAUUUAGAGGAUCUUGUUGUGAAACUUUUUGAUAUUGAAGCAUUUAAAUUUGGUUCAUUUAAACUCAAAAGUGGCAUUCAAUCACCUAUUUAUAUUGAUUUACGUGUUAUUAUCAGUUAUCCUGAUAUUCUUAGAUCAGUAGCUGUGCAUAUGAAUGAAAUACUUCAACGUUCAAAUGUUACCUAUGAUUCAAUUUGUGGAGUUCCAUAUACUGCAUUACCUAUUGCUUCAAUUAUCUGCGUCGAUUAUAAAAAACCAAUGUUAAUUCGAAGAAAAGAAACCAAAAAUUAUGGAACAAAAAAAUUAAUCGAAGGAAAAUUCAAUCAAAAUGAUCGAUGUUUAAUUAUUGAAGAUAUUGUUACUAGUGGAUCAAGUGUUAUUGAAACUGCAGAUAGUCUUCGUGCAGAAGGUAUACAAGUAACAGAUGCUAUUGUCUUUUUUGAUCGACAACAAAACGGGGAUAAUAAUUUAAAAGAAAAAAAUAUUCGAUUACUUAGAGUUUUAACAAUUACACAAGUUUUAGAAUAUCUUGUUAAAAAUAAAAGAAUUACUCAAGAAGUUUCAAAUGAUGUUCAAGAAUUUAUACGUCAAAAUCAAACUGAAUUACCUGCAUUGAAGAAUGGAAUUAUUGAAAUGAAAAGUUCAUCUAUUCCUAUUCGUCAACGAUUUCAAACAAUUAGAGAAGAAAAAAAAACUAAUCUUUGUUUAUGUGCUGAUUUAACAAGUCUUGAUGAAAUUAUUGAAUUAUCGAAACAAGUGGGACCAAAUAUUUGUAUGUUAAAAAUACAUUGUGAUAUUUUAAAUGAUUUUUCAAUGGAGAAAAUUCAACAAUUAAAAAAUAUUUCAAGAACAUUUAAUUUUCUUCUACUUGAAGAUCGUAAAUUUGCUGAUAUUGGUAAUACUGUCCAAUUACAAUAUACCAAAGGUCUUUUUCAAAUUGCUACAUGGGCUGAUCUUGUCACAGUUCAUGUCUUACCUGGUGAAGGUAUUGUUCAAGCUUUAGAACAGUCAGUUCAAUCAAUCGACGAGCCACGUGGAUGUUUAUUAAUAGCACAAAUGUCAUCCAAAGGUGCUCUCACGAACAACGAGGAUUAUGUUAAAGGUGUAAUUAAAUGUGCCGAAAAAUAUCCAGAUUAUGUUAUUGGAUUUAUUUCACAAUCACGUCUUACUACUGAUAAUAAAUUUAUUCAUUGUACUCCAGGUAUUCAUUUGAAUAAUACCGGUGAUCAACUUGGUCAACAAUAUGUAACACCAAGACAAGCAAUUGAUGGACGUGGUGCUGAUAUUCUUAUUGUUGGUCGUGCUAUAACCGAUUCAAUUAAUCGAAUUAAAACUUGUGAAGAAUAUCAACAAGAAGGAUAUAACGUAUAUGAACAGUUACGUAAUAUUUAA